AGAGAAAACCUCUGUGUUCUGUGGUCAUAACCACACUUUAUUUACACGUAUUUAUUUACCUUCGAUCUUAGAUUUAAUCGGAUAUACUUCGGACUUAUAUUCUUCUCAGUUGUUCUGUCGUCCUUUUAACGAGGCAAAUGGAUCCUGAAGACUUGCAUAUAUGGAAGGAAGCAUUUUUCAAGGGCACCUUUAGUGUGGACGAAUCUCUCACAGAAUAUACGCAAAAAUUUGAUCUAGACACACUCAAGAAGGAUUUAAAAAAAUAUGGAGCUGAACUUCAGUUGCAUAUGUCCGAUAUUUUGAAAAAUGAAACAGAGGCAAUAGUAAACUUGGCAGAGAAUCUUACGAACCUAAAUUCGAGAAUAGAUAAUUUAUCUAUACCCAUAAAUCAACUGAGGGAAGAGAUAAGAGCUUUAUACGAUCUAAUAAAGAAAGCUAAAUCUGGUUACGAACUAAUUUUGGGUGAUAUUAAAAGAAAUCAUUCGAAACAGAAUCACAUCCAUUUGAAAUUGGGAAUUUUGAAUUCAACUGUAUACAUUGACGUGGUUAUUACUCUAAUUGAAGCCAGUGUUGUUGGAAAUUUGCUGACUCUGGAGAGGAUAGUAAAUAAGUAUUCAUUUGAAAAAAUAUAUUUAGAUGAGCUGGAUUUGAUGACACCCGAUAUUGAAAAAGUGGUGAAAAAUGUCGAGCACAAGCUUUUGAGUAACUUAAAUAAUUGCUUUCUUAAAGCUGUUAAGGAUAAUGACGAAAACAUUCUUCUUAGAUGUUUGCGAAUGUACGUCGAUCUUCAACUACAGGAUGAAGCCCAUGACAUAUUUAAAACACAUAUAAUUAAACCAGCACUGCAGUCAUUUUUAUCCGAAAGAUAUCUGGAGAAAUGUGGGCAGGACUUAAAUGAAGUCUACAUCAAUAUCAAACAAAUACUUGAUACCACAGUUGAACGAGUAAUUAAGAUUGUUAAAGAUAACUCCGAAUUGAAUUCGUUCAGCUUUCUAUUAAAAUCGUUCUGGAAGGAAUUUGAUUUGCAGUCGCGGGCCGGACUUCCCCACAUUACGGCCCCUGGCAAUCCUGAGCUAUUUCAAAAAAGAUUUACGAGUACUUAUAACUUAUUAAUGUACAUAGCAGCCAAAGCUGAUAACAAGGAUUUAGUUAGGCUAGAUGAAAGUUUUCAAGCACAUUUAAAAAGAUUCAACCUACCUGUAUACUUCGAAAUCAAGUUCCAACAAAUUGCCGGAAAGUUUGAAUCCGAUACCUUACAUUUUACAUUAGAUAAUAUUACAGCCGAUCUGAGUAGGCACUCGUUCAAAUUGAAGUUAACUGAAAUUAUGUGGAAUGCAAUAGUUUGUUGCUUUCAAGAAGACACCUAUAUUGAUCAAUUGGCUGAUCAGUUUAUCAGGCUGUCAAUGCUGCUCCUUUCUAGAUAUGCUGAACAUAUUAUGAAAUUAUUAAAUCACAUUAUUGCUUCAGCAGCAUUUAAAGACACUAUCGACGUUUUUAUUAUAAGCGUUUUGAUUGAUCUGAAUAUGGCAGAUUCUUUGCUCGCAUUGAAAUGUGAACGGAGCGUUGAUGUUGAGAAAACCACGUUUGCCAUUGUAAACAAAGGAAUGUGGAAAGUUUUGAUCAGGGUCUUUAAAGCAAAUGGCCAAGUUAUUUCUCACGUCAGAAAUGCAUACGCGAACCACCUGACCAACUUGAAAGUUAAUGCUUGUGUCUCUCAAUUGCAAAGUGUUACUGCCAUUCCGAGAUUAUACAGAAGAACUAACAGAAGUCCCCCAAAGGAAGCAAGUGCAUACAUGAUGGAAGCGUUGCAACCUAUUUUGAAAUUUUCUAAUCAGUUUAUAUCUGAUUUACACCAAUUCAGCGAUAUUUUGAAUCAAAUUAUUGUGGAAAUCGCCAAUAAGUAUUUGUCUCUGGUUCGCGAAGUAUUGAUGUCGGUUUGCAAAACGGAAGAGUCAUUGAGGAGAUUGAAGAAUAGAACUUUAAAUUCAAGCGAGGAGGAUUCGACACAGGCGUCUCCAAAUACGGUGUCUGAUGAAGCAAAAAUUCGGGAACAGAUAAGAUACGAUGUUGAAUACUUUUGCGAAAAGUUGCAACCAUUGGCAUCUAAAACCACACGGAACGAGAUGGCCGUGCUUAAGGCCGAAAUAUGUAAAUAAAAAACGCACCUUCUUGUUUGUGUUAUGUUUUUAUAUUUUGUA